AUGCUCGUUGUUUUUCUGUUGAUUGUGAUUAAUGGAAUAUCAGCUGUUUCGUUCAAUCGACCGAAAUUCUGCCCAACAGUAGAAUGGAAUCGAGAUGCAACUACUUUUAUCAAAAAUUAUGUGCUUUCAGCCGCCGCUGCUGGUAUAUUUAUUGAUACUAAUAAUAUUAUAUACGUUGCUGCUGCAAAAAAAAGUCAAAUUCUAGUUUGGCAUGAAGAUAGUACUGAUCCUAUGACGAUUCAAGGAGAAGACUGGUCAGAAUUUUCGUCUAUGUGGGUUUCCAACAUUGGUGAAAUUUAUAUUAGUUUUUCGAAUGAUGCAAUCAUGAAACGGAUCCCGAGUACAAAUACAUUCGUUGAGAUUGUAGGUUUUGGAACAGAAUGUACUAGCCUGUUUAUUGAUAUUUUUAAUUACCUAUAUUGCUCAUCAUCUAGUAAGAAUACAGUUGCGAAAAGGUGGUUAGAUAGUUGGACGAAGAUGGUAGUUGUGGCUGGGACAGGCUACAAAGGGUCCAAUAUAGGCGAAUUGAAUGAUCCGCAAGGAAUCUUUGUCGAUAUAAAUUUGGAUGUAUAUGUGGCAGAUUGUUCCAAUGAUAGAAUUCAAUUAUUUCCAUCGGAUGACAAAAAUGGAAAAAUAGUAGCUGGACGAGAUUCGCUAGAUAUGACAAUUGCACUUAUUUAUCCACACUCAGUUAUAUUAGACGCUGACAAAUAUCUCUUUAUUUCCGAUAGCGUUAAUGAUCGCAUUGUUGCAUCGGGACCAAAUGGUUUCCGAUGUUUAGUUGGAUGUGCCGGAGGCGGUACGGAAUCUCAUCAAUUACUAAUGCCAUACAAAUUCCAUUUUGAUGUUCAUGGAAACAUGUUUGUUUGUGAUAAGAAUAAUAAUAGAAUCCAAAAGUUCGAUUUGCAGAAACACUCUUGUAAAAGUGUCACAUCAAGUAUUGAAACAAUUUAUUCAUCCGUCUUAACGGAAAAUCAUCCAAUGUAUUCACGCACUACUACACCACAUUACACAACUUAUCACUAUGAAGCUAUCGAAGUAAUUGUGAAUAAAACUGACACGUACACGCUUGGGGCAAACAGUAGCAUCGAUCUCUACGGCCAUCUAUACAAACAUUAUUUUGAUCUAGUCAAUCCCGCUUACAAUCUGAUUGCAUGGUACGGCAAAUGUUGCAACAAAGAUCAGUUCAGAUUCACUGUUGAACUUUUUAUCAAUACGAAAUACAUCUUGAUUGUAACAACAUACAAUCCAAAUGUAACAGGCCCAUUCUCACUCACGGUGCUCGGCUCAAGUGGAGUUCGUCUGAAGCGUAAAAAUAUCGAACGAUCGAUUGAAUCAACUUACUCAUCUGCACUGACGGAAGAUGACGACAAAUAUUAUCCUAAUCCUUGUGAUCAAACACCGAAACACUAUUAUGAAGCAAUGCAAAUCAUUGUGCAUAGUAGUGGUUCUUAUACCUUUCUGAGCAGCGCGAGUAUAGAUACAGGCAUGUUUAUCUCUAUCUAUGAAAAGAAUUUUUAUACGCGUAUCCCGUUUGGAAAUUUGCUUAUUCAAAAGAAUGGUUGCAAUCUUUAUGAUUCGUCAGAGAUCACCAUAGAACUUCUAACUAACAUGCGGUACAUAUUGGUAGCGUCAACAUGUUUUCCAAAUACAACAAGGACAUUCUCGAUUAGAGUGUUCGGCCAAAACAGUGUUAGUUUCCGACGUAUAAAUGCUUCUUUAGCUGCCCAUUCGCAUUAUUCAUCGCAACUUACAAAGGAUAAUCAAAAAUAUGACAAAGAUUGUAUUCGUACAUAUUAUUACUAUGAAACUGUGCGAUUAACUGUAUUCACCGAUGCAUAUUAUACUAUUUCAACUGGCAGAGAUUCUUAUUUAAAUAUAUAUAUGUACGGAAAUCACUUUGAUCCACUGAAUAAAGAUAAAAAUCUAAUUCUAAAGGAUAAAUACAGUUGUGCUUGGGAAUAUGACGGAGAAUACAUGUUUCAUCUUCGGUCUGACAUUUCAUAUAUAUUACUUAUGACAACUUCGAUCCCAUUGUUGACGACACCGUUCUCUAUCGACGCGUAUGGUCCAACAAAUUUUACGCUUCAACGAAUUAUUGAUAAUUCCACUUAUUGUUAUGUUGGCGGCCCAUGCAACACUCAAGUCAAAAGUAUCGGUCUCACUCUCGACGAUAUCCUACGUUUCGAAGUCAACCGAAACAUGACAAUACAACAUCAACCACUUCUCAUCAAAGUCACUGCUGCUCUCUCGGUCAUUAUGUUCGUCGUCGGUCUCAUCAGCAGUGCUUGUUCCAUUUUGACUUUUCAAAAUGCAAGUUUACGACAAGUGGGAUGUGGUCUUUAUCUUCUCGCAUCAUCUGUUACUUCUCUUCUGACGAUCACCAUAUUCACAAUCAAGUUUUGGUUUGUUGUUAUCACACAAAUGGGCAUGUUUAUUCGUCCAUCUAUUCUUGAUGGUGGUUGUAAGUCGAUUGAGCCCAUUCUGAAACUGCUUUUCUACUGGGAUACCUGGCUGAAUGCAUGCGUAGCAGUUGAACGCGGGGUGAAUGUGUACAAAGGAGUGAAUUUUGACAAAGAGAAGAGUAAGCGCUUUGCUCGAUGGAUCAUCUUCAUCUUACCGAUUGUGAUUGUGGGCACGAUUAUUCAUGAACCUUUCUACCGUCAUGUAUUCAAGCAUGAAAUAAAGGAACGAAGCCUAUUCGAUGGAACAACCCGUCCAAAGGAAAUUGUCAAAGACAUCUACACUUGGUGUCUAACUUCAUAUCCUCAGUCGGUUCAAGACUAUAACACAGCUAUUCUAUUCAUUCAUCUGCUUGGUCCAUUUCUUGCUAAUCUGUUCUCUGCAUUAUUUAUCAUCAUUGGAAGUGCUCGACGGCGAGCAAAGGCUCAAAGACGACAUACUUAUAGACAACAUCUCCGUGACCAAUGGAAUGAGCACAAACAACUUAUCGUUAGUCCUGUCGGUCUACUUCUUUUAUCUGCACCACGUCUGAUCAUAGCUUUGCUAUCUGGAUGCACAGAUGUGUCCGGUCAUCUAUGGUUAUACGUUUGUGGCUAUUUUGUUUCAUUCACACCCUCGCUAAUGAUUUUUGUUGUAUUUGUCCUUCCUUCGAAUUCGUAUCGGAUAGCUUUUAAGGAGUCGUUUUUUCGACUUUGUAAGAGACGACGAUUGUAA